CGAGUCCAUAUAAUCCCCUCAUGAACUACUCAGUAGCACGUGAUUGGCUUCUGCAUGCAUCACAGCCCACCGUUUCCGUUAGGGCUGAUUAUUGUUGUUCCCUGUCACUUUCUGUCACUUUCCAUCCGUUCGGCUUCUUCUUUUCUCCCUCAUCCUGCACGAUAAUGGUUCCUCCACCGAGUCAUUUGCCUCCCCCAAUCACCCCAUCUGUCCCCAGUCAAGGAGAGCCUGAUGGCCGCAUUAUUAUUACUAAUGUCCUGCAGCUUACCGUUUCAGGCCUGAGAGACCCAUUAUGCCCCCUUGACAGCCCUUGAAGAUCAACAGUUCAUGGCGGGGUUCCAUUCCACUCUGUUUCCUUGGCAUGACACCUGGCAUCGUCGUCGUCCAAUGCAUCGCUCUGAGCGGAUAUGUCUGUCUACGCCGUUUGUCUAGGCAUGAAUGAGCAUUGAGCAGUGGGCAAGCAUACGGUGUGUGUUACCGUUGGUCUCAGCGUAUGCUAUCAUCCUUGCAGGUGGAGGAUGGAGUUGCUAAACCAACUGGUCAACUUAAAAACCAAAUAAAAGAGCUCAAAAUGGCCUUCCACCUAUCCGCUCAAGACGUCCGCAUCGACGACAAGCACUACCUCCGUGCCCUUCUCUCUAACGAAUCUGGUGACCUCGUCGAGGCUGAGUUUGACCUUGACACUGUUCUUGGGAAUGAUGAGGGCAGCUUCUCCUGGGACGGUGCCAACUUCUCCGAAAGCGCCGAGGACGUUACCUUUUCUAUCGAGGGCGAUGGUCAAGUCCCUGUCCUGCGGGCUUUGCUGUACAAUAGUGCUGGGGAGACGUUCCCGAGGGAUGUUAACUUGGCUGAGAGGAUUGAGAAUCAUGAUGGGGCCUUUGUUUAUGUUUAGAUUAAAUACGGUGGACGUGUAAUGGAUUGUAUCCGAUUACUCCAUAGUGGAAUAUGAUUGUCAUAAUUGUUUCCUU